UGCUCUUUGAUAAUCGUCCUCGUAUCGGCGCUCCGGUUAGUCAUCCGUCGUAUAUCGCGGUGGGUGCUAGAAAGACAUCAUCAUGACUGAGAACGAUGUUGACAAUGAGCUGCUGGAUUAUGAGGAUGAUGAGGUGGAAAACCAGGCAGCUGGAGAAGGGGUGGAUGUCCCAUCUAAGAAAGACGUCAAGGGAUCCUAUGUCUCCAUCCAUAGUUCUGGCUUCCGUGAUUUCCUGUUAAAACCAGAACUAUUGCGUGCCAUCGUUGAUUGUGGCUUUGAGCACCCUUCAGAAGUGCAACACGAGUGUAUCCCACAGGCAAUCUUGGGCAUGGAUGUCCUGUGCCAGGCCAAAUCGGGCAUGGGCAAGACUGCUGUUUUCGUUCUUGCUACACUUCAGCAGUUGGAGCCAGUAACAGGACAGGUUUCUGUGCUGGUGAUGUGUCACACCCGUGAGCUGGCCUUCCAGAUUAGUAAGGAAUAUGAACGAUUCUCCAAGUACAUGCCCAGUGUCAAGGUGGCAGUGUUCUUUGGGGGCCUAUCCAUCAAGAAGGAUGAGGAAGUUCUGAAGAAGAACUGCCCCCACAUUGUGGUGGGGACCCCAGGCCGCAUCCUGGCCUUGGCCCGCAACAAGAGCCUCAACCUCAAACAUAUCAAGCAUUUCAUCCUGGACGAAUGUGACAAAAUGCUUGAGCAGCUUGAUAUGCGCCGAGAUGUCCAGGAGAUCUUCCGCAUGACCCUGCAUGAAAAGCAGGUCAUGAUGUUCAGUGCUACUCUCAGCAAGGAAAUCCGCCCCGUGUGCCGCAAAUUCAUGCAAGACCCUAUGGAGAUCUUCGUGGAUGAUGAGACCAAGCUGACGCUGCACGGUCUGCAGCAGUACUAUGUCAAACUGAAAGACAACGAGAAGAACCGCAAGCUGUUUGACCUGCUUGAUGUCCUGGAGUUCAACCAGGUGGUCAUCUUUGUGAAGUCUGUGCAACGUUGCAUAGCUCUGGCUCAGCUCUUGGUGGAGCAGAACUUCCCAGCAAUUGCCAUACAUAGGGGUAUGCCCCAGGAAGAGAGAUUGUCACGGUACCAGCAGUUCAAGGAUUUCCAGCGUCGCAUCUUGGUAGCCACCAAUCUCUUUGGUCGUGGCAUGGAUAUUGAGCGGGUCAACAUUGCUUUCAACUAUGAUAUGCCAGAGGAUUCUGACACUUACCUGCACCGGGUGGCACGUGCAGGUCGCUUUGGCACAAAGGGUCUGGCAAUCACUUUCGUGUCAGAUGAGAAUGAUGCCAAGAUCCUAAACGAGGUGCAGGACCGCUUCGAAGUGAACAUCAGUGAGCUGCCUGAUGAAAUCGAUAUCUCCUCCUACAUUGAACAGACCCGAUAAAAGGGGGCUUGCCUCUCCAUGUCGACCUUGGUUUUAAUUCCUGACCUCUGCCACUUUCCUGACACUUCACAUUUAAUUUCACCUGAUGGAGAAAGAGGUGACUGACUGUCUGGAACACAAACCCACCCCAGUCCCGUGGCAGGGACCAAAGAGCUUCUGUCACUUAACUAUGUGUAGUGGAAAUGGGGCCGAUCUCAGCAGACCUCCUGUGCUCACUGUAGCCCCGAGAGAGAGCCAGCCAGCCAGCCCUUGGGGUGGAAGUCUCAUUGCUCAACCGGCACCAAGAAGAAAGGAGGACCCUCCUGCUGAUGCUUUCACAAGAGACUGACUUUCAGAGGGAUUUUCACUGCCUGCCUACCAGCAAGCUUUUGGGGACUUGACAUGUUGCGUUGCUCCACUACGUUCUCCAGUCAGCACAGCCUCCCCACUGCUCUGACGGGGAGCACAACAGGAAGGGGGGGGAGCAGAGGUGGGGGUGCUCUUGUGAAUUUGUGGCAUUCAAAAAUUGUGUUUUGCUUUAUGUGGGGUGGCUUCCUAGGAUGGGAGAAACUAAGAAAACGAACUUUCUUUUGUACGCCCCUUCAUACUGUUUUAAGAUCCACUUUCUUUUCUCUUCCCUGUGUAUUCCUCAUUACUUUCAACUUUGUCUGCAUGUUAACGUUACUUCCAUCCCAGCUGGUAUCUUCUGGCAGGUAAACUAGUAGUUAAAGUUAGUCAUGUUUUAGCUGUGGCUUGUUCUCCCUCUCCCUUUGGGACCCCCUUAUUAUUUUUGGUAAUAAAGGAGCCCAGCUCUUAUGGGUGACUGAUUAAACUAGUCUUGUGAAUAA